CCACCCCUUGUCUCCGCCGCUGUAAACAAUUAUGAUUCAUUUCAUGUUAUAAAAUUUCUCUGUACAAAUCGUUAUUCUUUUAGAUACAUGGCACUUCUAGUGAUUGCUAGCUGACACAUUUUCUUACCACCACGAUAAACUUGAAAGCAUAGCUGCAGCAGAAGUGCGUGCCCAUAGACUAGCCCAUAACGAGGAGGGGGAGGGAAUUGACUGAUUGAGUCAUGCAUGAGUCAGUCCAUCUGUAAUACGAGAAUUCCGUGUAAUCCUCGUCAAUAAUUGCCUCAAUACUACUAUUAUUAUGAGAAUCUAAUUAUCUCCUGUAAGUUUUCUCUGUCCCGUACAAAAGAUAACAUCCCCUAUAUUUUAGCCUUCAGAGUUUCUAGUGUUUCUGAUUGGAUUUCGAUCCUUGACCCCUUUCCCUUCUUUUUUCUUUUUUCUUUUUUUUGCAACAUUUUUCUUAGUCCAAUCUGCUAAAAGGCCAUUCCUGAUCUGCAAAACUUCAAUUCAUCCAGGAACGAAAUCUUGGAGCAAAAUGUCGACAUUGGUGGCAGAUAUCAACUUUGUGGCAGAAGAGGUAAACAAAUCUCUGAGCCCCAAAUUCUCAUCAUGUGAUUCAAUUCCCCGGAACUUGAUUAACCAGAAUGGCAAAAGGGACGACAAUGCUGUUAAAUCGCAAUUGAAGAUCUUCAUUGGGUAUGAUCCCUGUGAGGACAUUGCAUAUGAAGUCUGUCGUUACUCAUUGAUGAAAAGAUCUUCCAUCCCAAUUGAGAUCAACCCAAUUAAGCAAUCUGAAUUGAGGGAAAAGGGUCUUUAUUGGAGGGAAAGAGGGAAAUUGGAAAGUACAGAGUUUUCAUUUUCUCGUUUUUUAACCCCUCAUCUAGCCAAUUUUGAGGGUUGGGCCAUGUUUGUAGAUUGUGAUUUUCUCUACACUGGUGAUAUAAAGGAACUAACCGAUUUGCUUGAUGACAAAUAUGCUAUAAUGUGUGUGCAACAUGAUUAUACCCCUAAAGAAACAACAAAGAUGGAUGGAGCUGUUCAGACAGUGUAUCCUAGGAAGAAUUGGUCUUCCAUGGUGUUGUACAAUUGUGGGCAUCCCAAAAACAAGGUUUUGAAUCCUGAGGUGGUGAAUUCUCAGACAGGAGCAUUUCUGCAUAGGUUUCAGUGGUUGGAAGAUGAUGAGAUUGGGGAGAUCCCAUUUGUGUGGAAUUUCCUUGUGGGUCAUAAUGUAGUUGUUGAUGGUGAUUCCAGUACGUUUCCCAAGGCAAUACAUUAUACUUCAGGAGGUCCAUGGUUUGAUGCAUGGAAGGACUGUGAAUUUGCAGAUUUGUGGCUGAAUGAGCUUGAGGAGUUCAAGAAAGCAAAAGCCAAGAAGAAUGUAGAUUACUAAUCUGUAGAUCAGGAUACAUUAUCUGUUUAACAUUUGGUUUUGUAAUUGUUCUUAUCAGUUAUCACUAGGUAGCAUCAAGAUGAGAGAGGAUGUUGGAUAUUGGGUUCUUCAAAUUAACAUUACCAUCUAUAGCUAUCUCUUCAGUUUGUUUGUUUUUUUUUUUUUUUUUCCACAAUUCUGUGACUUGUUUGGCAUUUAUCAGCCAUCUUUUCUCUUUGUAGGCUUCCAAACACAUUUGUUGAUGAGCUUGCUAUUCCAGAGACUAAUCAUCUCAUCUUCAUCAUUUUUUGGCCAAAAAAAUACAUAAAUGAC